AUGGCCAGCAGCAGCAGCAGCGGGGUUACCGGAAGCAGCGUCGCUUAUCCAGCUGUUUCUGCUGCGGUGGCUAAUGCGCGGAGAGGGGUAGGCGGAAUGAUGAGGGGAGGGGGAAUUCCCGGACUGCCCUCGCCUUUUGAAGUCACCGAUGGUUCCGCCACUCCCGGUUCCGCCACCCCUGGUUCCGCCAACCCUGGUUCCGCCACGUUCGAACCGCUGCCGAUCCGACCUCCUCCAUCACCGCCCGCUUCUUCUGCUGCCGGUGCCUCCGGCAGUGGCAACACCCCUGGUGCUGGUAAUGCUGGCAGUGGUGCUGCUGCUGCAGCAGCUGGUGCGGUGGUAGGCGGUUUGGGAGGCGUGACAAGCGGUGCAGCCAUGGGAGGCCUGGUUGGGAAGGAGGCUGGGAAGGGGAAGGGGUGGAAAGCGGUGGAAGCAGAGGCUAUCACCGCUGCUGCUGGAGGGGCGCUGGGGGGGCUUGGGGGAGCUCUGGGGGGAGGUUUGGGGGGAGGCUUGGCGGGAGGUUUGGGGGGAAUUCCGGUCCUGCCCUCCCCACUCCCUACUCUUCCUUCUGCUACCGUUCCAACCCUCCCUUCUGCUGCCCUUCCCCCGCUUCCUUCUGCUGCCGUUCCAUCCCUUCCUUCUGCUGCCCUUCCAUCCCUUCCUUCUGCUGCCCUUCCAUCCCUCCCUUCUGCUGCACUUCCCCCUCUCCCUUCCGGUGCCCUUCCCUCCCUCCCUUCCGCCUCCCUUCCCCCCCUCCCUUCCACUUCCCUUCCCACUUUCCCUUCUGCUGCCCCUCCUUCCACUCCUCCCGCCGCAGCCAAUACCACCUCCUCUUCCCUGCCCCUCCCUUCCCCCUCUGCCAAUACCACCUCCCCCUCAAUGCCUUCCCCUUCCCCCUCCGCCAAUACCACCUCCCCCUCACUGCCUCUCCCUUCCCCCUCCGCCAAUACCACCUCCCCCUCACUGCCUUCCCCCUCCCCCUCUGCCAAUGCCACCUCCCCCUCACUGCCUCUCCCCUCCCCCUCUGCCAAUACCACCACCCCCUCACUGCCUUCCCCCUCCCCCUCCGCCAAUACCACCUCCCCCUCACUGCCUUCCCCCACCCCCUCCACCAAUACCACCUCCCCCUCACUGCCUCUCCCUUCCCCCUCUGCCAACACCACAGCCACCCCAGCACCUCCCCCCUCUUAG